UGACAUUUGUACAUUUCGGUUACAAAAAAUGCUUUGAAAAUUUUUCAAAAAUUCAUUGAAAUAAAAAUAUUGAUCAUUUCUAUGCGAUAAAUUUUUUUAUUCAUUCUGAGACUUGUGACAAGAAAAUCGGAGCAAUUAUUUAGGUCAUGAAUAUCACCCACACCCCUAAUAUCUAUCCCACUCUCAAUAAUUGAACUUUUCGUCGUCCAGGAGCACGAGUGCUGAGUUGUCUACGCACUUGUACAGUCAGAUUCAUACGGAUUGAGAUAUUACCCAAAAACAAAAAAGUAAGAUGCAUAGUAAUAGCGAUUUAUUUGCUUUUGUGUAGUGCUAAUUAAGAAUAAUAAGUGUAGUGCAGCUGCCAUCCAUGUAAUCUGUAGAUAACAAAAAUUACAAAGAAAAUUAAAUCAGAUAAUAAUGCCUGGUACAGAUGGUCAAAAACCUCAACGAACAACAUUUAGGCCACCCUGGGUAAAAGAUGGACCUCCACCAAUACCAUUACCCACUACGCCAUGGAAUUUAAACUCGCAAAAAGACUCGAAAGAUGUGGUGGAUAAUACACAAGCUUUUACAAAGGUUACGCUUAACCCGAAAGGCGGUAAAAAUACAGAUCAAUCACUGAAAUUAGCUCAUUCGAAAGUUCAAGAAAAUGGCGGAGUAGAGACAAAUUCGCGACCGCAUCUUGAACGUCAAUUGCAUUUGGAAGAAUCUAAAUGUCAUAGCGAAAAAACUCUUCCCAAGAGUGAGAAUACAAUUGGAGCAGCAACAAUUUUGAGAGCAAAUUUAACACCGCCUCCGCCACCUAGGCCUCCACCACCUCCUUUGUCAAGGACAAUUUUGAAAGAUAUAAAGCCUUUAACUAAAAAACAACAAAAAACUAUAGAAAUGCUUAAGUCGAGACCGAGAAAACGUCCGGAUUGGGCUUGUAUGAUGAAAGAGGUAGAAAGUGGCAAGAAACUACGUCACGUCAUUUGUAACGAUAGAAGUGCACCCCUAAUUGAAAGAGUCAUUACUAAAGUUACGGCUGAUCCAGAAGGAGAUGCGCAUUUUGUCUUUGACUCUGAAAAAUUAAAUGUGCACAAUAAACUGCUUAAGCAAAUUCAAGAAGGUGUUAAACUGAAAAGUGUAAAAACAAAUGAUAGAUCAAAACCAGUAUUAGAAGGUCUGAGAAAAUUUCGUAGACAAUUAACUAUAGAAGAACAAUUACAAAAAGCAGAGCAUGCCCCAGUCGACGAAGUUGUACCUGAUGAAAUGGACGAUAUCGAUGCUGUUCGUGAUGAUCUUCAGAGUACAAAACAAAUGUUAGCAUUGGAACUCAGAAAUAAAGAAGCCUUGGAAAGAGAAAAUAAGAGGCUGCAGGCAAAGAUUCUUAAUCUUGAAGUGGAACUUGAACGUGAAAAUUCCCAAAAAUCUGUUAAGCAGAAAAAAUUACAAGAUCAAAAACUAACUGAUUCAUUAAAAAGAGAAGUUGAACAAGCAAGAAAAGAUGCAGAGAGAUUAGAAAAAAAUUUUGCUAAUAUCGCUGAGGAAAAGGAUAAAGCUAAAAAUGAACUAGAAGAAAUGAAAAGAAUGUAUGCUAAUCUAGAAAAGCGCAUGAAAGCCGGAAUGGCCCUUGGAGGAUGUCCAAGUGCUAAGGACAUAGCCAAAAUUGCUUCACAGAAAAGUAUGGAUAGACCAGAACAUGAUGAAAGUGAAACAAAUGAUAAUGAUACGUCGGAAGAAGAAAGUGAAGAAGAUGAUCCACAAAUCGCAGAAGAAAAACGACAGCAAAAAGAAAUUAAACAAAUGAAAACAAAAAUAAAAAACUUCAGGGAUAAAACAAUGAACUCAAAGAAAGACAGACAAACUUUAAAAGAGCAAAUUAAGCAACAAUUAAAAUUACUAAAAGAAGAAAAGAAAAAAUAUAAGUAUUUACAAAGGGAAGUUGAUAAAAUGGCAAAACUAAUGGGAGAAACAGAAGAUGAUGAUGACAAUUAUGACAAUAACGAGAAGAAUGAGGAAGAAGAUGAAAAAACAGAAUCUGAAGAAGAAUCUGAAUCUGAAGACUCUGAAGAAGAUGAAUACUCAGACACGGAUGAUGAAGAAAUACCAUUAGAUAAGCGCAAAAAUAAAUUACAAGUUCGUAUUAAAUGGCAUGAAGGAAGAUUAACAGUUUUGAAAAAAGGAAAUUACUUACUUAAAGCACAAGUUGAUCGACUGAAGGAUGAUUUAGCAAAACAAAGAGAGGAAAGCAUAAUAUUGCAAGAAGACUUAGACUCUGUUUUAUCAGAAUUAGGUUAAAUUUAAACUA